AUGAGCGGUCAAAACGCGGAUGCAAAUUUGGCAAAAAAAUUUGCUAUGGCCAAAAAAGAAUUGCUCAACGAAUUACGCAAGCAACCGCAGCUAAAAGGGAUGCCGAGUCUUGAAGAGCUCAAGGAGAUGCUUCGCAAGAAAGUGGAACAGUGUAAGUGUAAGAAUGAUUUUUAA